AUGUCAACUUUUCAAGGCAAACGUAGAAUUAGAACAGUUAACGUAAAACUUUUAAACAAAUUGUUCGAAAAAUCUUCAGAAAUUAUUAACAACACUGACGAUGAAAACCAGUUUAGUAACCUUAGUGACUUAAAAGACACUUUAAACGAAAAAUACAAUAAAGUCAUCCAAUUGGAUGAAGAGAUAACCUUACUGGUUGAGGACGAGUUAGAAAAUGAAGUAGAAUCUUCCACAGAAUUUAAUUUAGUAUUCAAAAGUGAAAUUUCUAAAAUUAAUAAAGAGUUGAAGAAAUUCGACAUUAAAACUGACUGCAAUAGUACAUUUAGUAACUUUAAAAACAAGACAGUAAAAUUACCUGUUUUAAAAUUAGAUAAUUUUGAUGGAGAACCUGAAAAGUGGACAUCUUUUAUAAAAAAUUUUGAAUGUGCUAUUGAUAUGAACAAUAAUCUCUCAGAAAUUCAAAAAAUGACUUAUCUUCAAAACUUGCUAAAAGGUUCAGCUUUGUCAUCUAUUUCAGGUCUCAGUUUUUCCAAUAAAAACUACAAAAUAGCUUUAGACAUCCUUAAGGAGCGUUAUGAAAAUAAGCAGAAUAUGAUAUCAUCCCACAUGAGAAAACUACUGUCAUUCGAAAGAGUGCAUAGUUUAAAUAAAAUUGAAAAGUUAAGACAUUUAUUAGAUAAUAUAGAAAUACAAAUAAGGAGCCUCGAAACUCUUAAAAUUACGAGUGAAAUGUAUGGACCAUUACUUAUUCCGAUUAUACUACAGAAAAUACCUGAAGAACUGAACUUAAUUAUAAACAGACAACUUGAUAAAAACAGUUCAUGGGAUAUCUUAACCAUCAUUAACAUUUUAAAAUCAGAGUUACGUGCAAGAGAACAAGUCUCAUUAAAUUUGAAUAACAGUGUUGAUAAAACUUAUACAACUGAAACAUUUUUUACAAGUAACAAUAACUACGAAAAUUCAAAUUUUAACAAAUACUCUCGUCAAUUUACUUACAAUAAGAAAGCUAAAGAAAAUUCAUACUUUGAUAGAAAUAAUCCAACUAAUAUACCACAAUUUAUCAAAUGCCUUUUUUGUGACAGGUCACAUAAAUCACAAUACUGCAAAUUUAUAACAGACAUUCAAAAUAGAAAACGAAUAGUUAGUGAGAAACAUCUGUGUUUUAAAUGUUUAGGAAGCGGUCAUACAUCAAAGAAUUGUACAUCUCGUAUCAAACGUUUUAAAUGUGGUAAUCAGCAUCAUAUAGCACUUUGUCUAGAAAAACAGAAUAGUGAAUUACAAAAAGGUGAACUAACAGCCAUUUCAAGUAACAAUAAUCAGUCCAUUUUACUCUAA